ACCGCCAUUUAAUAGUUGGACGGAACGCGGCCGCCAUCUUGUGGCGGGAAGAGGAACCGCUACCUAGGCGUAUACGUCACUGUCGCAAAAAAAGCACAGAGCGGCCGCUACGCUUUACGGUAGUUUGUGAUUUAAAAAUUUAGACAUGGCAGCCUCGUUGAUUUGCAGCGAAACUCAAAGCAGGGUGAGUUCAGUGCUAAACAGAGAUGUGAAGCAGUACGGGAAGAAGUACAUGUUUGACUGCAACGAAGAGACGUGCUGGAACUCAGACCAGGGUGAAUGUCAGUGGGUGUUUCUGGAGUUCCCCCAAUCUGUCAAGGUGUUGGAGUUGAAAGUCCAGUUCCAGGGAGGCUUCUCAGCAAAAACAUGCAGACUACACGGUUGCCCAAAAGAUGAAGCCUUUACAGAGAUCUGCCAGUUUUACCCAGAGGACGACAACUCUCUUCAGAGCUUUCCCAUACAGGAGGCCCCUGCAGUGGACAAAGUAAAAAUAAUGUUUGAGAAUAGUGCCGACUUUUUCGGGAGGAUUAUUGUUUAUUCCUUGGAUGUCCUCGGGGAGAAAGCCUCAUGACCAUUUUUUAAAAUGCUCUCGUGAGAGAGGAAGUGACUCCUGAGUACAGGACGCAGGAUGGUGUGGUGGCACUUGGGAAACAUGUCAUCUGCUCUGCCACCUCAUGAACUGAUGUGUAUGUGGCCUUUUUUGGUAUGGAGGCUUUCAGGGAUCUGUCAAGCCAUCUCACUCGUCAUUACUCCAACACAGAAGGCUUUGCAUGGAGUCAGAUUGAUGUUUAAUUGCAGAUGUAACGGGUUUCU